AUGGACGAAAAGGCCUUAUCCAACGCGACCGCGUAUCAUUGCAAGAGGUCUUGGACGAGGAAGAAGACAUGGGCCACGGCCUUCUUAGGCCUCAGUGGCAUCCUUCUUCUAGGCAGAGACGCUUUGCUGCGCGGUCUAGUUCCAAGGCUAGUAGUACCCUCGCACCAGAGCCAGUUCGCAGCGAUCGCCGUUCCGAGCAACAACAGCGCUCUGGACUUUGAUUGGGACGCGCUCCCCCCGUCGAGAGACCUGGUCUAUGUACCAUGCCUCGACAAGUUCCAAUGCGCGAGGCUGCUUCUUCCCAUGGACUGGACAGCCCCCGAGGAACACUGGCUUGACCACGAGGUCGCAAUCGCCAUAAUCAGACAGCCCGCCAACAUCUCGAUCCUUGACCCUCGUUACGGCGGUGAAGUCUACCUCAAUCCGGGUGGACCAGGAGUACAGGGGAUAAGCUUCUUGUCGGGAGGCUGGAAUGCCAAUCUCUCAUCGGCCAUCAAUGGCAACGAGCCCGAUGGCAAGGUAUUCGACUUCGUCUCCCUCGACCCACGAGGUGUCGGCUUGUCGACCCCGCGGAUCUCGUGCUUCGAGGACCCGAUGGCCCGUCAAUUGUGGCAUCAGCUCGGAUCCGUGUACGACGGCAUCGACGUCUCGGACGGCCUGUUCGACCAGCUGUGGGCGAGGACCCUCUCGCUCAGAAAGGUGUGCGACCCUGGAAACUCAACCUCCAAGGCGUUGGCCCUGAGCACCGUCACGACGCCGUUCGUUGCGCGCGACUUGCUGGCCAUGGUCGAACGGAGUGGCAGGGAGAGGGAGAAGAGGGCAAACGAGGCGCUGGCGCGUGAACAAGGUCCACACGGCACCGCUGUCAUCCCGCAGAGGAUACGUUAUGAACCGGGAAAUGAGCUGCUGCAGGUUUCAGCUACGGGGGCCUUCCUCGGCGGGACCUUUGCAAGUCUCUACCCCGACCGCGUCGGGCGCAUGAUUGUCGAUGGAUGCGGCGACUGGGUCGACAACGCGUCAGGGGAGUUCCACGGCUUCCUCGUCGACACAGACAAGGCGUGGCGCGGGUUCUUCAACCUCUGCCACGACGCCGGGCCGGAGAAGUGCGCUCUGUACGACGAAAGGGGCCCCGGCUUUAUGCAGCAGGCGAUCCACGACGUCCUCAACGACCUCGAGACCAACCCCGUCGUGGUAUCGGAGGAGGGUAUACUGUUUCCCGAGGUCUUUUCGCGAAAGGAUCUUGUCCGGGCGGUGUUCGGCUCCCUGUACCGCCCGUACCGCUCGCAGAACUGGAUCAAGCUUGCCGAGACGCUGGCGGCCCUGGUCAACGGCACGAUCACGCCGGCGGUCGUGUUCCAUCCAUUUGGACACCACUCCGAACAAUGA